AAAGAGGAAUACAAUGUCGAUCUUAGUUAUAAGGAAUGCCACCAGAUGAUACUAUCUGCCUUUACCACGCCUAGAAACCGUUUAAUUGCUAAGAAAACGGUUAGGGUCUCGACAUUUGGGCAACAGUACGUCUACAGAGGAAUUGCUCCUAUUAAUAAAGCUAUCUGUCCUUCCGACGAAACAAAGGUAUUGUGACGGGAAAAUAAUUUUUUGUUCAAUUUGGAUAAAAUUAAUAUCUCAAUAACCUGUGAGCAAAGGUUUCUCUCUUGCAUAGCUUUAUGCGUUAGACAAAUUGUUCGCGUGGCUUGUCUUUCACGUAGUUGGUUCGUUACUCUGUAUGCUCGCAGGGUAAAAUAUCCAUUUUUUUUGCUUUUGAUUUCAGCUUUAAUUGGUUUAAAAUUCGAGGGACAGUGGUGAGGCUUAUAUACAAUCAAUGCUAAUUAUCAAAGAAUAGAUACGAAUUUAUUGUACUCAGGGGUUAAGUUCGUGCCGGUGCAAAAGGUAUCCGGUAAAGUAUGAACUGGAACAAGUCGACAUCGUGCCGGAGCUGUUGGCCGAGAGGGCCUGGUGCACUAAAUGUGAAUAUUUACUUCCGACUCAGUGGAUUCCGGUCUCUCCACGUUUGUCACUUCCGCUACGGUCUGAAUACCUGUUCAAACUAUCCGAAAUUUGGCACUCCACUCUCUAGCUGGGCGCGGCGCAGCGCAGCUUUGCUCCGUUUCCUAUUUGUGAACAAAAGCCCUAUCUUGUAUGGUUUUCAGACCGUGUGCCGUCGUAAGAGUUAUCCGGUUGUGUGAACAUCGCCUAUAAGCCCACAGUUAGGUUUCUAUCUUAAGCAAUUAUUGGAAGAAUGUUCGAGUAGAACAGGGUGCGGAUCCAUGAAUUAUGAGCUACCUGUGCAGAAAUCGUGGGAUCGGGAGCUGUGUAACACUGGAUACUAACUUCAAUUAAUGACUCGUUUUAGGAUCCUGAAGAAUCUAAGAGUGAUCAACUCAGUUGCCAGGCAGAGAACCCUGCAGGAGAAAACGCGCACGCCUGGAGACAAAAGAUCCGGGAUAUCACAGAUGAACGCGAUCAGGCGCUUAUGGAGCGCAACCAGGCCCUCGCGGCCUUGAUGGAAUUGGAAACGAAACACGAUGAAGCUAAGCAGACUAUAGAGAAGUUAAGGAAGGAAAUUUUGUGCAAAAGCGCUGCUGAAAAGCCUUCAGAAGCUUUGAACGAAACAAGAAUGAAAGAAGGUUUUUGUCUGAGGAGUCCUGCGCAAAGGUUUAGUGUCACGCAGUGCGACGGAAAUUGUGACAACUUUUCUAGUGUUGUUGGAAAAGAUUCAGACACUGAUCUAAACAACAAACACUGUGAUUGGUUACUCUUGAGGGAAGUUGUCACGCAAGCAAAGGAAGAGCGUGACUGUUUACUUAAAAGGCUGGAGAUUGUCAAGAGUGAAAGGAACUCUUAUUUAGAUCGAUUGCAUUCUUUGGAGAAGGAAAACCAACAACUAAAAGAUGAUGUAGGGGUUAGAAACUCGGAGUUGCCUCAAAAUCGCCUCUUGGAUGACAUUUCACGGCAUUUUCAAACAAGAUGCCAAGGCGAAAACAACGCGAAAGGAGCACUGAGUUCCGCGCUUUCUCAUCUGAAAUCUAAAAGGUAA